AUGGUGACUCUUGCCUGGAUCAAUACACCAUCAGCUAAUCUUAAAACUUUUGUUGGUAAUCGGGUUGCGAAAAUCCAAGAACUUACUUCACAAAAGAUAUGGAGGUAUGUUCCAUCGGCACAGAACCCCGUAGAUUGCGCAUCACGUGGUCUUACACCCAGCGAAAUUGUUGACCAUCCUCUGUGGUGGAAUGGUCCGACAUUUCUUCGACAACCAUUGGACACUUGGCCACAACAGGCAAAUAUAUCAGAUACAGAUCGUGUCGAAAAUCAUUCAGCAACUGCUACACCUACACAAUUAGACGAAAGUUGUGUGAUUCUCUACGCGUCAUCCGAACUUUCUAAGGUUCUCCGUUUGGCAGCUUAUUGGUUGCGACUACGUCAACGAUUGGGUAGGCCGCCCAGGGUGCAAUACCAAACCAAUCGCCCAAGUGCGCAAGAAACGAGAGAUGCGUUACAGGCGUUAAUACGAUGGGUCCAGCAUAUACACUUCGCUGAAGACUGGAACUGUCUUAGGCAAAACCGACCGUGUACACCCAAACUUCGCAUGCUUGGCGCAUACUUGGAUCUCGACAAUGAUCUCAUCCGCGUUGGAGGACGCUUGAAGAACUCUGACUUACCUUAUGAGGCAAAACACCCGAUACUACUCCCAAAACAAUCGCAAUUAACCAUUUUAUUGAUCGACUAUGUACAUAGUCUUCAUUGUCAUCCCGGACCACAAACGACGCAGAAUAUUCUACACCAGGAUUAUUGGAUCUUAUCGGCUCGUAGCGUCAUACGUAAACGACUACACCAGUGCAUCCCUUGUUUUCAGGCGAAGCCAAAACCCAUGAACCCCAUGAUGGGAGCAUUGCCUCGAGCUCGUGUUGCAAGUAUCAAAGCGUUUGCACAGGUAGGAGUUGACUUUGCAGGCCCUUUUUGGGUAAAGGCCGCUUUGUUACGACGAAUUCAAGCCACAAAAGGUUACCUGUGUAUAUUUGUCUGUAUGGCAACUCGAGCAGUUCAUCUCGAACUUGUAAGCGAUUUAACCACGUGCCUGUUUCUAUCAGCCCUUAAUAGAUUCAUUAGUCGACGUGGUCGCUGUGAAGCUAUAUAUAGUGACUGCGGCACUAAUUUUGUGGGUGCGAAAAACUACUUGGAGGUAAUACAGAAAUUGAUUAAGCCCGACGAAGUAGAGAGAGGUCUUGCGACCCACCAGAUAAGAUGGCAUUUGAAUCCACCCGCUGCUCCACAUAUGGGUGGUCUAUGGGAGGCAGCAGUAAAAUCCGCUAAGACCCUCUUACAUCGAACGAUCAAAGAACAAAUUCUGACCUACGAAGAGUUGAACACCAUCUUUCACCGAAUUGAGGCAAUAUUAAACUCACGUCCAAUAGGUUCCAUGUCAUCAGAUCCUAACGACCUACAACCACUAACCGCUGGACAUUUUUUAACGUUAGAACCAAUCGUUACCAUGCCGACGCCAGAUACAAUUAAAACCUUACCAAAGCUGGAACUUCACCAACGCUGGAAACUAGUCCAACAACUGCAACAACAUUUUUGGGAACGUUGGCAGCAGGAAUACUUGCAUACAAUUCAAACCAAAUCCAAAUGGAACAAAAUUGAAACCAACCUGGCGCUAGGGGACCUUGUAAUUAUUAAGGAACCAACUCCACCCCUCACAUGGAAAACGGCUCGAGUGAUAGAAGUCUUCCCAGGAGAGGACAAAAUAGUUCGAGUCGCCAACGUCCGGACCGCAGAGGGAAAAAUUGUAAAACGUCCAGCGGUGAAACUGUGUCGCUUGCCAUUAACUUUUGAAGGUAACUAG